AUGGAAACAUUGGAUAUUAUAAUUGAAAACCUAAGUACUAUUUUUUAUGGACCUACUCGGACUCGAGGACUCCUUGGUGCGAAGUUUGCAGACGGAAGUAAUCUCAUUAACCUUAUGCUGGGCAAACAGCACGAUGAGUGUGAUGUUCCACAUACUGAGUGGGAACUUGACGCCGCCCUCGCCAGAUUCAACUUUAAGCCACAACACAGAAGACUUAAUAUUAUGAGACACUGUGGUUUAGAAAUUCAAAAACAUUCUUGCUUUAAUUUAAAUAAAUCUUUAAUCAUUAGAAUAUCAAGGCAGACAGCUGUGUUCAGGUGCCAAGGUCAGGGCCAGGCAGGCUACUGGUGCCAGGGUCAGGGCCAGGCAGGCUACUGGUGCCAGGGUCAGGGCCAGGCAGGCUACUGGUGCCAGGGUCAGGGCAGGCAGGCUACUGGUGCCAGGUCAGGCCAGGCAGGCUACUGGUGCCAGGGUCAGGCCAGGCAGGCUACUUGCCAGGGUCAGGGCCAGGCAGGCUACUGGUGCCAGGGUGCUCAGGCCAGGCAGGCUACUGGUGCCAGUCAGGGCCAGGCAGGCUACUGGUGCCAGCGCCAGGCCAGCAGGCUACUGGUGCCAGGUGCCGGGUCACAGCCAGGCAGGCUACUGGUGCCAGGUCAGCCAGGCAGGCUACUGGUGCCAGGGUCAGGCCAGGCAUACUGGUGCCAGAGUCAGGCCAGGCAGGCUACUGGUGCCAGGGUCAGGGCCAGGCAGGCUGUCAAGCUGGGUCAGCCGGCUACUGGUGCCAGGUCAGGCCGCUACACAUACCAAGGGUCAGGGCCAGCCAGGCUACUGGUGCCAGGGUCAGGCCAAGCAGGCUACUGGUGCCAGGGUCAGGGCCGCCAGGCUACUGGUGCAGUCAGGGCCAGGCAGGCUACUGGUGCCAGGAGUCAGCGCCAGGCGGGUACUGAUACCAAGGUCAGGCCAGGCAGGCUACUGGUGCCAGGGUCAGGCCAGGCAAGCUACUGGUGCCAGGUCAGGCAGGCAGGCUACUGGUGCCAGGUCAGGGCCAGGCAGGCUACUGGUGCCAGGUCAGGUCGAGCUACUGGUGCCAGAGUCAGGCCAGGCCGGCUACUGAUACCGAGGUCAGGCGGCAGGCUACUGGUGCCAGGGCUAGGCAGGCUACUGGUGUCAGGGUCAGGCCAGGCAGCUACUGGUGCUAGGUCAGGCCAGGAAAGCACUGGUGCGGUCAGCCGACCUAGUCCAGGUCAGGCCAAGCAGGCUACUGGUGCCAGGGCCAGGCAGGCUACUGGUGUCAGGCCAGGCCAGGCAAGCUACUGGUACCAGGUCAGGCCGCAGGCUACUGGUGCCAGGGUCAGGCCAGGCAAGCUACUGGUACCAGGGUCAGCCAGCAGGCUACUGGUGCCAGGGUCAGGCCAACCAGGCUACUGGUGCCAGGGUCAGGCAAGCUACUGGUGCCAGGCCAGCUACUGGUGCCAGAGUCAGGCCAGGCCGGCUACUGAUACGUCGACCAGGCAGGCUACUGGUGCCUUAGUCAGGGCCAGCAGGCUACUGGUUCCAGGGUCAGGCCAGGCAAGCUACUGGUGCCAGAGUCAGGGCCAGGCAGGCUAUUGGUGCCAGAGUCAGGGCCAGGCUUUUGUGCCAGGGUCAGGGCCAGGCAAGCUACAGGUGCCAGAGCCGGGCCAGGCCGGUUACUGA